UCCGGAGUUGGUCAGUAAGCAGAGAGCGAGCACUAUCGCGGUUGAGGUAGCUUUGGAGAGGAUCGAGUAGACAAGCUCUGACUAAUUUUCAGCUCAUUUCCCUUUCAGUAUUGAUCCUACACGGACUAUAUACCGUCCCCGAGUGGAUUUUGUCAGUGGAUGAUUUUAACUGUUGGUCGAAUUUAAAACAUAGAAUUUUGCGUCAUAUUUCGACGCUCAAACGAAAGUAGUAAGAAUGUCUCUGGAUUAGUAGUGUGACCGAGGUUGGGUGUCGGAGAGGGUUACCUAGCUAGCUAACUGUACUGCUGCCGAGAACACACGAAGCGGAGGGAGACCCCAGCGGCAAGACGGGCCGUCACCGUGAUCUAAGCUCUAUCCCAAAAAGGAGCUCUCCAUAUUUCUGUACAUAGUUAGCUACGAAGCUAACUAGCUAAAUCAAGAGGAGCCGGAGUCCGUCUUCCCGGGUUCUAUUCUGAUUAUUUCUGAGAGCAGGUGAAUGAGACCCUCUGUUUGGGUCGGCGACUCUGAGUGACUGGGUACCGUCUGGUGUGCCGCGGCCCUCCCCGAGUGUCCCACUAGGAUGCCCAGUAGACCCGGGAGUUACGGAAGAAGAUAUAAGGACGCUUUCGAGACAGACGGCGCAUGGAAAGGAUGCGCAGACAGACAUGCGGAUAUGUUCGCGGUUUAAUAAGUGGAUGUGCAACCAGGCCGGCUCUCUAAAGCUCGAUUUGGCUCUGCUCCGAAUGCCAAGUCCUUCUCCUCAGACAGCCUAGCGAAGGUCCAGGAGGUAGCAAGCUGGCUUUUGGAAAUGAACCCGGAUCUGCUGUCGGGGGGCAGCAGUGGCCGGCGGGGCCCGGGGGGUCGGCGAGGAGGGCCGGGGGGCUCGGGUGCCCAGCGAGGUAACGCCUCCUCCUCGGCCCGGACGCCCCAGGGCCAGCAACCCGGAGAGGAGGCCGCCGCCGAUGAGGAGGAGCGCAUGAACCAGGUGGUGGAAGACCAGGAGCAGCAGAGGAACCAGCAGUCCAGAGCUCAGCCGGAGGCGUCAGCGGAGGAGGGCAGGGAAGGGGAGGGAACAUGGGCCUCCCGAGAGUCAGGAGCCAGCAACGGUCCUGCAGGAGAAGAGGCGGGAGAUGGCGGAGGUGUCCCCAACGAGGUGAACGGAGGAGAGACCAAGGGUCCCCGUUGGAUGUGGGAGGCGGAGCAGCGGCCGCGGCAGGACGACGACGACGACGAAGAGGAGGAGGACGAGGAGGAAGAGGAGAACAACAACAGCGGCAGCCAGCAGGGAGACGGUGAGGAGGAGGAGGAAAGGACAGAGGGCGGGGAGAGGAUUGGGAGGGAGGAGGAGGAGGAGGAGGAGAUGGACCAGGACAGCGAUGACUUUGAGCAUUCUGAGGAGAGUGGUCGGGAGGAGGAAGAGGAGGGCGAGGAGGGCCUCCACUCGCCCACCAUCAGGAACAAUGUGUCUGUCCCCAACAACGACCUGGACCGGUCGUCGGGUCGCCAGCACCAAAGUUCGUCCGUCAAGAAAAAGAUGAAGAGGAAGUUGGACCAUGGCCCCGAGGUCCGAUCUUUCCCAACCGGAAAAAAGCCCUGCAAAGGCUCGGAGUAUUCAAGUGCUACAGGGCUGGUCCACUACCCAGCCACCCCCACCACGUUUGGGCACAUCAGGACAGCUAACGGUCAGGGCCAACAGAGGCGGCGUAUCACCUCCAUUGCACCUCCCACGGGUCUCCAGGAAUGGAUCCGGACGUUUCAGAGCUGGAGUGGCCCGGAGAAACUGCUGGCGCUGGACGAGCUGAUCGACAGCUGUGAGCCCACGCAGGUCAAGCACAUGAUGCAGGUCAUCGAACCGCAGUUCCAGCGUGACUUCAUCUCCCUGCUGCCCAAAGAGCUGGCCCUGUAUGUGCUGUCGUUCCUGGAGCCCAAGGACCUGCUGCAGGCAGCUCAGACGUGUCGCUACUGGAGAAUCCUGGCCGAAGACAACCUCCUCUGGAGAGAGAAGUGCCGGGAAGAGGCAGGCAUUGACGAGCCCCUGCCCCUGAAGAAGCGGAAAAUCACCAAGCCAGGCUUCACCCACAGCCCCUGGAAGAGCGCCUACAUCCGGCAGCAUCGAAUAGACACUAACUGGAGAAGGGGAGACCUCAAAUCACCCAAGGUGCUCAAGGGUCACGAUGACCAUGUGAUCACCUGUCUGCAGUUCUGUGGUAACCGCAUAGUGAGUGGCUCCGAUGACAACACGCUGAAGGUGUGGUCGGCGGUCACCGGAAAGUGUCUGAGGACGCUGGUGGGUCACACCGGUGGCGUUUGGUCGUCCCAGAUGAGGGACAACAUCAUCAUCAGUGGCUCCACCGACCGGACGCUGAAGGUCUGGAACGCCGAGACGGGAGAAUGUAUCCAUACGUUGUACGGGCAUACCUCAACGGUCCGCUGUAUGCACCUCCACGAGAAGAGGGUAGUGAGCGGCUCCCGCGACGCCACGCUGCGCGUGUGGGACAUCGAGACGGGCCAGUGUUUGCACGUGCUCAUGGGCCACGUGGCGGCGGUGCGCUGCGUCCAGUACGACGGCCGCCGGGUGGUCAGCGGGGCCUACGACUUCAUGGUCAAGGUCUGGGACCCCGAGACGGAGACCUGCCUCCACACGCUGCAGGGACACACCAACAGAGUCUACUCACUGCAGUUCGACGGCAUCCACGUGGUGAGCGGUAGCCUGGACACGUCCAUCCGGGUGUGGGACGUGGAGACGGGGAACUGCAUUCACACGCUGACCGGCCACCAGUCGCUCACCAGCGGCAUGGAGCUCAAAGACAACAUCCUGGUCUCCGGCAACGCCGACUCCACCGUCAAGAUCUGGGACAUCAAGACGGGACAGUGCCUGCAGACGUUGCAAGGUCCCCACAAGCACCAGAGUGCCGUGACGUGCCUGCAGUUCAACAAGAACUUUGUCAUCACCAGCUCGGACGACGGCACCGUGAAGCUCUGGGACCUGAAGACCGGCGAGUUCAUCCGCAACCUGGUGACGUUGGAGAGCGGUGGGAGUGGUGGCGUGGUGUGGCGCAUCCGGGCCUCCACCACCAAGCUGGUGUGUGCCGUCGGCAGCCGCAACGGUACCGAGGAGACCAAGUUGCUGGUGCUGGACUUUGACGUGGACAUGAAGUGAGAGGACGGCGGGCCGCAGGGAGGAGCUGGGAGGAGCGAGACGGGGUGAAGGGUGAAUGAGGAGACGACACGACAUCCAAAGGGCAACGUCGCCCUAAAACUACUCACUCGUGCGCGCGCCAGCGAGCACACGAAAACACCCCCACCCUCAACACCACCACCACCACAACAGGCCCCUCCCCCUCCACAUCUGGCCCCUCCCCAUCAGCAGGCACCUCUGUCAGCCCCAGCACCUCCUACUUUGGUCCCCUCCCAACUGUGGGGGGCGGAGUCAGAAUCAGGAGGGGUGGAAGGUUGUGUGGCCUGUAAGGGGGUGUGGCCUGACCACUCCUACAGUAGGCUAAGGCCAAGUGGAACUGACUCAUCCGCUUAAGGAGGAGCAGAAAAAAGACAGGAACUGACGAAGAAGUGACUCCACUCUGCGGCUACUGGGGCAGCUUCUUCGCAACAGAGACUUGUUCGGUCAAGCCUGACAAGUGUUCGUUCAGAUGUACAAAGAUAGAUUAUUUUUUAUCCCCAACAAAGCGCCAACCGAUUAUUAAAUGGACAUGAACCCGCACUGUUACACAAUUAGGAGGCAAAGGCAGAUGAAAACUUCAAUGUCGAAUUAGAAUACAUUUUAUUGAAAACACGCAAAAUAUUAGCAAAGAGGUUCUGGUCAGGGAGAUUAAGAGAGACGUCAAGCCAAGAAUCUGAUUGGUCCAACAAAAAAAAAUAACAGGAUAAGCCUAAAGCAUCAGGCCUUAUAUCAUGUUUACUGUUAAUUCUGUUUCCUAUUGUUCAUCAGUCUGUUAGUUCCAGGGUCACAUAUAUACAUGAAUUGGAGUUCGAUUUGUAGCUAAAACCAUUCAAAUAGUUGAAAGAAAAUGGGUUUUGUUUGCUCUUGGGGGGGGGGGGGGGGGGGGGGGGUAGUCGGUUCCUUACUGUUGCCAAUGGCAACGAGUCCCAGUGUUACCCUGUUCUAGUCACUUCUUUGCUUUUAUCUCACCAUGUCUCAUUUCUGUUUGGGUUUUUCCUUUUAUUUCUAGCUAAUGUCUGGGGAUGUUAAGUCUCCAAAUAGCGACAUGCUGUCCUGAGUUUUUCAACCAGUCUGGCUGGGUAGGUUCCUCAAUACAGGGGGAGAGAACCGUAAUAGAGGCCCCCUCCAACCCAGUACUAUUUUCCCAGUGGCCAAACUGUAUUUAUGCUGCUAGUAAAAAACAAAACAAAAAAAAAAAACUACAAAAACAGAUAAAAAGAUGGAACUUUAACUUGCUGUGACGUUUUAGUCCCAGACUAAAUUCCAAAAUUGACUCUUCCAAUGUUUGGACUUUUUAAAGAGAGAAACAUGAUAAAUACAAACAACCUUUGUUUUUGCCACUGAAACUUGAGCCAAACGCGCCUCAACGAGGCUUAGACGAGAGAGUGUGUUGGACAGACAGACUGGUUUGCCGGCAUAGAGGAAACGAUGGGAAGUAAAGUGUGUGCGUGCGUGCUUGAUUAUGCUUUUGGGCAAAAUGUUAACACAUUCCUUGGGACAAAGCUCUUUCAGCAUGUUCUGUGGGAAACUGUCUCUAGAUGCUGUGUGGAAAGGCAAAGAGUAAAAGGAAAAAUUAGUAAAUGUAUUUUUGGUUUAAAAUUUAAAAAAAAAAAAAGAGCGAAUGAAAGAACUGUCCAUUGUCCACAUGCAAUUGUUGUCAUCAUUGGCACGUUCGAAGCGACAACAACAAACGGAUCCAACCGACACAAAGUCCAACAACUACAGUUGAAGCAAAGAGUCUUAGUGUUAUGAAUUGUCGUCAACAAUGUUACCGGGGAACUGCACUUAGCAGUCAGUCGCCUGAUGGUUUAUGAAUGGAAAACGUACCUACAGGCAACCUUCAAGUAAACAGAACAUUGUAGCCAAAACAAUUCAUCAAAGUCAAUCUGCCCAGAAAGGAGCUCAAGCUGAACUGUGAAAGUGGUAUAACACUGUAUAUUAAAAAAAAAAGAAACAA